AUGCAGGACAUUAUUGACCAUUUACCCAAAUUGCCUGAAAUCCAACAACAAAAACUCACUAUUCCUGAAUUCGACGAAAUUGAAGUUAAAGUUACUGACUCAGUAGAAAUAAAGAAGUUCAUACGAAAGGUAAACUAUGAGUUUCUAGGAUUUCAUUGCAACCAUAAGGUUAUGGACAAAGAUUGCGACAUGGUAUAUAAGAACAUCUCUGACCUUUACAAAUCCGAAGAAUUUAAGACCUACGACAACUUUGUUUCAUUAGUUGCAAAAUGUGUUUGGGAAAUAAGAGAUAAAGAUAGAAGAGGUAAGGUAUGGAACGAACAAAUAAGACCCGCUAUGUUCGAGAUGAAGAGAGCAAUUGACGCCUUAGUUGUUUUAGCAGGUAAGGUUUCAGAAUAUAACGCAAAAAUGAACCCGCAAUGUUCUAAAUGUAAAGCAGCAAUGAGGAAAUAUAACUACUCAGUCAAAGAGAUAGAAAGAAUGAGAAACGACUAUGCAGACUUAAAGAAAGAAGCAGAAAAGCCAGCAGAAGAUAAAAUGAACAUGUUAGCAUUUCUGAACAAAAACUAUCCAACUGCUGACGAUUUCCUUCUAUCUGACGUCAAGAAGAAGUAUAAAGAAACUUUCGGUAUCGUUAAAACAUUCGAUGUACUGACAGAAGAAAUAGAAGCUACGAAAUUGUUUAGAGUCAUGAACCAUCGCAACAUAUACCAUGUAAAACGCUUGUAA